UCAGUUAUUGAGAUAUCAUCAAACAGUUCACGUCGACCGUUGAAAAGUUGUUGAGGCCCCAAACAUGAAUCAAGGAUAUACGCCCGCCCAGACCUACCAGCCCGGUGCACCACAGGUGAUCAUACAGACGACGACAACGACAAAUGUGGUGCCCAUCGGCAGCGAGCCGUCGCGAGUCCAGUGUCCUUCCUGCCACGCUGAUAUCCUGACAACUGUGAAGCGCACCCCGACCGGACGCACGCACUGCUGGGCCCUGGUCCUGUGCCUUUUAUUCUGCUGGCCCUGCGUUUGUGUGCCCUACUGCAUGGACUCCUGCCAGAACGCGGAGCACUCGUGCCCCAACUGCGGCGCCUACAUUGGCACCUACGAGCAAUAAUGUAUUAACUAACUAUAAGCAACGAUCUGUCUAUUUAAUAUGCUAAGCUAAACGAUUUUAAAUAAAAGCCACCAACGAUCAUCAUCAAGUGAAUCAAGGA